UCUUGGAUCUCCGGUGUACUGUACAACUUCACAACUCACUUUGUUCGUGGUGCCGUCGGUGCUCCAUCGUCGGUCUUUACCGAUUUGGUCGAUUAUAUCAUCAAGAAAAACAACUAUGAAGUUGGCCAAUCCAAACUGUACAUUUCUCCGGAUCAGAUGAAUCCUUUCACCGCUUGCUACUCGAGCGAUUGUCAUGCAAACGCUAUCUGUACACCUCUUGGGAAAGGGAUUCAGCUGCUAAUGCCCAACGGCUACGGCGAUCUGAAUCCUUCUCAUCCGGGACGACAGUGCCUCGCAUACGUGGGUGUGAACGAAUGCGAGAAACCAGAACUGAACGAAUGUUCUCCAGAUGCACGUUGCAUCGAUCUGGAUUACCUUUACAAGUGUGAGUGUGUAUCUCCGUACGUGAACGCGGCUCCCGAAGGAGCAGUACCCGGCUCCGUUUGUACCAUCGACUACUGCUCUGAUGUGCACUACUGUCCAUUGAACUCGACCUGUAAAAAUGUCGGCGACCAGGCUGGCCUCGGUGAUGCGAUCUGCAUGCGACACACGGAUGUGAAUGAGUGUCUCCUUGGACUGCAUAAUUGCAGUGCAGGCAGCGAUCUGUACAGACCUGAAGAUGAGAUGAUGGGCCAUGACAAUGCUGCCGUUCUUGGCGCAUACUUGGACGAUGGAGCUUCGGUCUCGUCGGACGGCUCUCUGGAAGAGAUCGAAUUGAAAAGCAAAGAGUCAAACACAAAGCAUUACGAUUCGGAGUCUGACGCGGAUUCCGAUGCCGGUCGUGCCACGUACGAUCGAGUGACGCGAGUCGCCCAAUCGCACGAUUUCCUACCCGGCGCUGAUCCACGAGUGGGAACCGAACGACGACGAAACGAAGUUGUCACCACCACCACUGCUGAAGAAGUCAACUACUUUUAA